AUGUCGGAUAACGAUGAAGACCCACUAAUAAACAUCCCAGUUGAAAAUUCUGCAACUAAUCGUCGAUGUCCAACAUGUCAAGGAACAGGUCUCGUAGGUCAAUCACCUGGUCUUGUUGCCUUAAUUCCACUUGAUGAUGUUCGACUUAAACAACGAUAUACAUUUUUAUGGAUUCUACUUACAAUUGUUUUUUGUACAUUAGCUGCUUCAGCUGCAAUCGCCAUCCUACUCCCACGUGCUGUACAUUUGUCCAUACAAAAUCCUAUUGUGAUCGAUGCUACUAAUGAUACAUAUAGAAAUAUGUCAUGUUUUCAUCUGAAAUUUUUUCAUCGUACAUCGAUUAAUUCAGAUAAUUGGGUACCCAUACGUUUACUUAAUAUCACGACAUCCGUUGAACAUCAACUUGUACCAAUUGGACCUGAUGCUGUAAAAUUCUAUGGACAUAAAACUUAUUUACGACCAUUAGGUACAAUACAAUCGAAUAUUACUGUUGAACUUGAUUUCGAUUCAGAUACAAUGGCUUAUCGUGUGUGUCAUGGUGUAUUUCGACAAAUGCUGAUGUUUAAAUUACAAACAACAUUAACUUAUGCAGAUUUUCUACUCGGACGAAUUCAAAUAGCAAAUAAUAUUGCUUAUCAAUAUGUACUGUGUAAUAGAGGAGAAUGGAUCUUAACGGAAAAUGUUAUAGCGAAUACAACAAAAAUAGAUCUGUAA